ACACACCCCGCGUCCGUAGUUGGACUUUCCCCCCCUUGUUCCAGUGCCUAAUCCGUGGAUCAGUACUUUCAGCACACCCACCGGGCCAGGCGCACACACGCACAAUUCCCUACCCUCGCCCUGCACCUCCGGGCUAUUAUACAUCAUCCCCCCGCUCCUAUUACACGCCACACAUUGAUUGCUUCAAGCACACGGCUUUUAGGUCGUCAUCGGCUGAGAAUCUAGCCUACCAUCCGAUCGAGGCAGAGUUGGGAGCCAUCUUGGAAUCCUCUCUGGAGAUCGUGCCGUGGUACAGCAUAUUGACGGACAUAUUUGACCGACGGCAUUGCGGGGCUUGUUCUGUUCUCACCCUCGGAGACACACUUGACCUGUCAUAACCGGUGAUGGAAUCUGGUCAUGACGGGGCAGGCAGGCCGCCACAGCCAGUAGAAUCAGGACCAUCAUCACAGCCGGAAUCGCUAACGCCUCAGCAAUCCCAACAACUAGCCGAAGACCCUGCCGCCGCCGUCGACACUGCCGAUUAUGCCAUCGAUACUCCCUCUCAGGCGCCCGCUCCCACUACCUCGGACUCUGCCUCUGCCUCUGCUUCUACUACCUCUGCUACACUUCAUCAUGAACCGCCCAUAGCUGAUGCCACAGCAUCUGCCCACGAAGAAGUGGACCACCGACAACAGGAUAGUGGCUUGAGCAGCAGUAGCAAAAACAAUAGCAAUCACAAGAACAACAACAAGGCUGAUCCUUCCGACCGUGUCUUCCCUAUCCGAUCUGCCAUUCGUGUUGACGAGUCCCAGCCAACGCCAUGGAUGCACUCACGGGAGCACGGUGGUGGCGACUAUUUCCCGCGGUCCGACUCAACGUGGGACGGCCGACGUCGCCCGAGUACCCCUCGCAUUGUGAGCGAUGCAUCAAACCCACCACGUCGGGCAGCCACCCUUUCCCCAUCCUCGCCAAGGGACAGGGUCCCUCUAGGUGGUUCGCGACGAAGUCGAAAGAAUACCAAUACCUCCUCCUCCUCCUACGCUGGUCCGCCACUCGCUCCGGCGACACUGCCCCUGUUCAAUGAUGGUGAUAGUAUUCCCGACGAUAAGUCGGUGAGGACGAGCCUAGGCGGAACUAGGUCUGGCACAGACGGGGGAGGUAGCCAACUUGGCGAUUCGCGCAGCAGCACCCCCAGCGAACUAAACGAAGGCCUGAUGACGACUCGCUUCCGACAUGUCAUGACUGACGACGGUCAUGCUAUGAUAACUGGCUGCGAUGGUACUCUCCAGCGUUGUGAGGAUGAACCCAUUCAUACCCCGGGCGCUGUGCAAGGCUUUGGCCUUCUUGUCGCGUUGCGAGAAGAAGCAGAUGGUCGAUUCCCUGUCCGCAUAGUGAGCGAAAAUUCAAAAAAGAUCAUCGGUUAUUCGCCUGGGGAUCUGUUCAAGCUCGGAAGCUUCACCGAUAUCUUGUCAGAUGAACAGACGGAUAAUCUUCUUGACCAUAUAGAUUUCAUACGGGAUGAAGAGUCUGACCCUGUCAGUAGUGGCCCUGACGUAUUCAGCAUUUCCCUGCGACCGCCCACGUCGAGGACCAUCAAGCUGUGGUGCGCCAUGCACGUCAACCCAAACCAUCCGGACCUUAUUAUCUGCGAAUUCGAGCUAGAAGAUGACAAGCAGCACCCUGUUCGGCCGCGCGAGGAAUCUAUUCCCGAAGAGCCUGAAGAUACACUCUAUCAAAGUCCGACACCCGAGGAGUUUUCCCAGAGUACUGAGAUCAGUAGCAAGCCGCUCCGCGUUCUAAGGAGCGCGCGUCAGAGGCGCGGUGAAGCCGGCGCUAUGCAGGUUUUCGACAUCAUGUCUCAAGUGCAGGAGCAAUUCGCAACGGCGCCGAACUUGGAGAGGUUUUUGAAGAUUCUCGUUGGUAUUGUGAAAGAACUGGCUGGAUUUCAUCGAGUUAUGGUGUAUCAGUUUGAUGCUGCUUUCAACGGCAAGGUCGUUACUGAGCUAGUUGAUCCAGCCAAGACGCGUGACUUAUACCAUGGCCUACAUUUUCCUGCGUCAGAUAUUCCUAGGCAGGCUCGUGACUUAUACAAGCUCAAUAAGGUGAGAUUACUUUAUGAUCGAGACUUGGAGUCGGCAAGAUUGGUUUGUCGUACCGUGGAGGAUCUGGAACAGCCACUCGAUCUGAGUCAUGCAUACCUACGAGCUAUGUCCCCCAUCCACUUGAAGUAUCUUACCAAUAUGGCUGUUCGUUCAUCCAUGUCCAUCUCGAUCGACGCUUUUGGUGAGCUAUGGGGGCUUAUUGCUUGCCAUAGCUAUGGCCCCACGGGAAUGAGAGUGUCGUUCCCCAUUCGCAAGAUGUGUCGAAUGGUGGGUGAUACGGCAUCACGAAAUAUCGAGCGGCUUUCCUACGCUUCUCGUCUUCAUGCCAGAAAGCUCAUAAACACGAUGCCAACUGAUAAAAAUCCUUCAGGCUACAUCAUUGCCUCAUCAGAAGACCUGUUGAAGUUGUUUGAUGCAGAUUUCGGCAUGUUAUCGAUAGGGGAAGAAACCAAGGUACUCGGCAAAAUUGCGCAAUCCCAGGAAGCACUAGCCAUGCUCGAAUACUUGCGGUUUAGAAGCUUCAAUUCUGUUUUGACUACGCAAGAUAUCACACAAGAUUUUCCCGAUCUUCGAUACACGCCAGGUUUCUCAGUUGUCGCUGGUCUGCUCUAUGUGCCGCUUAGUUCAGGCGGCCAGGAUUUUAUUGUGUUCUUCCGUCUUGGUCAGAUUAGAGAGGUCAAAUGGGCAGGAAAUCCCUAUGAGAAAACGGUUAAAGCUGGUACUGCCGGCUUCCUCGAGCCUCGAUCAAGUUUCAAAGCAUGGCGCGAAACAGUCAUUGGAAAAUGUAGGGAGUGGACAGAAGACCAGAUAGAGACCGCUGCUGUUCUUUGCCUGGUUUACGGAAAAUUCAUCGAGGUCUGGCGGCAAAAGGAGGCUGCGCUCCAAAGUAGUCGUCUCACCCGUCUCUUGUUGGCUAACUCGGCACACGAAGUCCGCACACCUUUGAACGCUAUCAUCAAUUACCUCGAAAUAGCUUUGGAGGGGUCGCUCGACCAAGAAACACGCGAAAAUUUAGCUAAAUCUCAUUCGGCUUCUAGAUCGCUUAUAUAUGUCAUUAACGAUCUUCUCGAUCUCACGAAAACAGAGGAGGGCCAAGAAUUAGUGAAGGAUGAGAUUAUGGAUCUGCCUGCGUGUAUCUCUGAAGCCACGGAGCCAUUCAAAGUCGACGCUAAACGUAAAGACAUCUCUUACGAAGUUAUUCAACAUCCAGGGCUCCCAAAAUUCGUUCAUGGAGAUUACCGUCGAGUACGACAGGCUGUGGCCAACGUGACGGCAAAUGCCGUGCAAAACACAACUUCAGGCUCUGUCAAAGUCGAGUGUUUCGUAGUCGAGGUACUCGAGUCUCGUGUCCGAGUUGAGAUUGCUGUACACGAUACCGGUUGUGGCAUGAGCAAUGAGCAACUCGAUAACAUUUUCCAGGACUUGGAGCAAGUCAGCAGCGCGGACCUCAGCGAGUCGGGAGCGAUCGACGCACCAUUGGAUCAGACUCGUGAAAGUCGGAUGUUGGGCCUCGGCCUCGCCGUUGUCGCGCGUGUGGUACGCAACAUGGAUGGCCAGUUGCGCUUAAAAUCCGAAGAGGGCAAGGGUUCUAGGUUUGUUAUACAGGUGCCGUUUGAGUUACCAAGUAGCGAUGCACUUGAAACGCUCAGUGAGAGUGACCCCGCUGCUAAAAUAAGUUCGGACUCGGCGACCACCCCUUCAGUUACCAAGAGCCUACCUCCUACGCAAACUGGAGAGGUCAUGCUUAUCGACGGGGGAAGCUUGCAUGCAGCCCAUUCUCCCGAUCAGUCCAUCUCCAAAGCCCGAAGUUUCGACGAGACGAACAGCGUACACAGCUUGAGAAGCGCACAUAGCCUGAAAAGCGCAGGGAGUGUCGGUACUCGCAGCAACAAGAGCGAUGCGGAUCGUCUAAUCGACGCAAUCCAGACUCCACUCUCUAUGGGUGAGGUUACCGACGAUGCAGGCGAUAUCCAGCGAAAAAACUCUAAAGGACGACGAGACUUUUCGAGCUCCAGCACUAUAUCAAUUUCGAACUCCAAUUCACAGGGACCUGUAACCCAAACAGGCAAUGAUGGAGAUUCUGUGCACCAAAGUUCAUUGACUGAAGGUCCCGUGGAGGUUGCUGAAGCACGACCUGGCGUGUUCCCCGUCUUAGGCAGUAAAACUCCGGUAAAACCCGUGAGGAUACCCGACGAUUACUUCGAUCAACCCACACGACCUCAAACAAGCCAAAAUUCGCGGGUCUUGUUCGAAAUAUCCGAAGAUCCUGUACAAAGAACAGACACAACCAAAACUGAGACAACUCCAAACAGCAAGCCCGACAAAUUUCGAGUGCUCAUAGCCGAAGACGAUCCGGUCAAUAUGAAGAUCCUUACAAAGCGACUAGAAAAGGCUGGGCACACGGUCUAUCCCGCCGUUAACGGCGAGGACUGCGCCACGGUGUUCAAGGAGAGGCCAUCGGAAUUCGACAUUGUUCUCAUGGAUAUGCAGAUGCCUAUCGUCGAUGGUCUCACGAGCACAAAGUUAAUCAGAGCGUUCGAGCAGUCGAAUGACUGUCGCGGAUUGUCCGCAUUAGGCCGCCUUCACGGACAUAUUCCAAUCUUUGCCGUGUCGGCAUCGCUCGUGGAAAGGGACAGGGCCAUAUACACGACAGCUGGAUUUGAUGGCUGGAUUCUUAAGCCCAUCGAUUUCAAACGUCUUAACGUGCUUCUUGAGGGUGUCACCAGUGACGAAGUGCGAGAGGGCUGCCUUUAUCAGCCUGGCGAGUGGGAACGUGGUGGCUGGUUUGUCCGCCGAGCCACCGACAUGUCGGAGACAUGAUAUUCGAGUACGGAACUAGAGACAACACUGAACACCCUGUCUCGAACAGAUUAUGUACAAGUGGAACAGCUAUGUGAGGAAGGU